GCAGAAAAUAAUUUGGUAUUAUCAUCAGUUGAUUUGACAUUAAACACCAAACACAACCAACAUGAAUUCAUUCUGCAUUGCCUUUUUGUUUGCCUUCUUGGCCGUUGCCAGUGCUGGAAUUCUGGUAAGUCCAUCAGCUAGAAUUAUCCAAGGACCAAGUAGCAGAACAACUGUAGUAGGACCCGAUGGUAGCUCUAUCUCAUCCAUUUCCCCUGCUGGUCAAAUAGUGCAACAAGAAACCUUGGGAGUUGUAGCUAGAAGUGCUCCAAUUGUUGCCGCUCCAGCCGUUGUAGCUCAUACUGCACCUAUUGUAUCAGCUUAUUCAGCUCCUCUGCUGUCAGCUUAUUCAGCCCCUCUUGUGUCUGGUGAACAUACCGUAAUAGCUGGACCAUCAGGUACUGUUGUGUCUGGAAGAAGUCUAUCGGCUCCAGUUGUUACUGCCUGGUAAAAACUGCAUAAACCUG